CCCGAGAUGGUGCCGCCCGUGGGCGGCGCGGCAGAGAUUUCGGAAUCGAGCUCAGCCGCGGUGCUUCAGGGUGGAUGCCGCGGUGCAGCCCAUGCCGCGGUGCAGCCCCUGGACGUGGGGCCGGACGUAGAGGCUGCGCUGCGGAGACUGCAACUGAGCGCGGACUCUGGGCGGCCCGGACACUGGGUGGAGCUGCUGGGCGAGGGGCAGGGGGCGGUCGGCGCCAGGUGGCCCUUGGAGUCGGUCUCCUACCCCGUCCGAGGCUCCAGACAGAACGAGUUGGGGCUGCCGCCCGCGGGCGCCGAGGCGCUCGGCCGGCUCUUCCCCAGCGCCCGGGACGCAGGCGGUGGGCCGCCCUGCUCGCAGGCCCCGCAGAGGGGUGGGAUGGUUUUAGCAGAAGUUGGAAGGGGUUGCAAUUUAAAAUUGGAUGUCAAGGAAGACCUCACUCAGGUGACACCUGAGCGAACUGUAUCCUGCAGAGCAUCCCUGGCUUGCAGAGAGCCUGUAGAGAACAAAAGGACCAGCCUCUGGAGGAAGGGGACAGGGAACAACUGCCCACCUCCAGCCUUGGGGUCAGAAGCCAAUCCUAUUUUGCUGCCCAGCCCCCUUGAAGUGGCCACACCCAGCUCAUCCCAAAUCAAGGUGGAUCAGCCUCGGAGCCCUGGAGCCCUGAUGGCGAGAGAAGAGCUCGCUGGGCGCCUGGCCCAGGCCAUCCAGGGUGGGGACAAGGAAGAGGCGGCUAAAGUGGCAGCCACUUUGGCCCAACAGCAUGUGACCCUCAGCAUCCAGCUCCAGGAGGCCUGCUUCCCUGCUGGCCCCAUCAGGUUGCAGGUCACUGUGGAGGAUGCUGCAUCCUCUGCGCAUGUUACACUGCAGGUCCACCCCCACAGCACUGUAGCAACCCUUCAGGAGCAGGUGUUCUCGGAGCUUGGCUUCCCACCGGCUGUGCAGCGCUGGGUCAUUGGAGGGAGGCUCUGUAUGUCUGAGUGCAGCCUCGCUUCCUAUGGGAUAUGUCAUGAUGGGGACCCUGCCUUCCUCUACCUGCUUUCAGCCCCUCAGGAAGCCCAAGGUCAGUCUUGGGGUAGGGUGGGCACAAGAGGGGAUGCAGCCUGACAAAGCCCUGAGUCCUACCCCUGUGCAACAGGACGCAGCUCUCAGCACCCUAAGAAGAUGGAUGGAGAUCUAGGCUGCCUGUUUUCUCAGUCGUUGGGGGUGUCCUGUACCCCUCAGCUGGCGAGUGCUAGCCUCCCCAGUCCCCUUCAGCCUGGGUGGUCCUGUCCAUCCUGCACUUUCAUCAACACCCCAAGCCGGCCUGGCUGUGAGAUGUGUAGUACCCAGAGGCCCAUCGCCUGGGACCCCCUGUCCACAGCUUCUACCCUGCAGCCACCAAAGGUCCUAAGAAGAGAGGAGGGUCUUUCCCUCCCUGGCCCCAGUUCCCUGAAUACUCUUCUGAACCUCUCAAGGGACCUCUGCUGACUUCACCUGGGGACAGAGGUGGGGGUGGGGUAGAGGGAAUCCUUGAGCUGAGUCUUUUUUUUUUUAAAGCAAAGCACUGCUCAGCUCUGGUUUAUGGUGGUUUGGGGGGGUUGAACCUGGGACUUUGGAACCUCAGGCAUGAGUUUCUUUGCAGCCAGAAUCAUUAAAAACACUUCUGAGCCAA